AUGAAGUGGAGGAGGAUUGUGAUCCUUGCCAUCCUGCAGGCGCAGCUCCCAGACGCAGAUGCUGUACAAGUUCUCGGGCUCACAGACCCAAGACUCUGCUACUUACUGGAUGGAUUCCUCUUCAUUUACGCAGUUGUCAUAACAGCCCUGUUUGUGAAGGCAAAGCUGAGCCAGGCCUCUGAACACCAGCUGCCACCAGGCCAGGAUGAUGUGUAUAAUAAACUGUCUCGCGGGCACAGAGAUGAAUAUGAUGUUCUGGGGGCAAAGCGAGGUGCAGACCCUGAGCUGGGCGGGAGACACCAGCAGAGAAGAAAGAACCCUCAGGACACUGUCUACACCUCACUGCAGAAGGACAAGAUGGGUGAGGCAUACAGUGAAAUUGGAAUGAAGGGUGAGCAGCAGAGACGGCGAGGCAAAGGGAAUGACGGCGUCUACCAGGGACUCAGUACAGCAACCAAGGACACCUACGAUGCUCUGCAGAUGCAGCCUUUGCCCCGCCGCUAA